CCGAUAGCAGUGCCACGUCAGCAGCAGGGAAUACCACGUCAGCAGGCCCCCGGCCUGGUCUAUGCUGUUGUGUUCACAAACAUCCGUCAUGGACCAGCGGUCCACAGAAACAGAGGAGGCCUAUCAGGCCCGGAUGCUGGCCUGGAGUACCGAAACCAAGAAACGGGCGGAUGACGCAGCAACAGCCGCGAAGAAGAAGGCAGAGGACACCGAGCAGGCACGUCUACUGGCACUUGCACAACUGCGCCAGGACGACGAGGCAGCAGCAAAGGCUGCUGAUGAAAAAGAAGUGCAACGGCGGGAGAAGAUAUUUAGCGGAGAGCAAACUUUGCUCACAAUGGCAGUGGAUUGGCGGGCAGAGGCCGAGAAUGGCAAGAUGGAGAAUAACGAAAACAAGAUCGCUCUACUCCUCUCCCACUUGACGGACCUCCUGGCAACAUGCAUUACACAGCAGGAGGACAUCCACAGCCUCGAUGACGCGCUGACUCAAGUCCACGGCCGCCUCCRACAGCUGGAGCAGCGACYUGUUGCUGCCCCUCACACCAGCUCUUCCAACACCUCCGAUCGCCUCGAAGCAUUGGAGAUGGAUGUCGACUCCCUCAAGGACGGCGUGCAGUUACACCAGACCGCAACGCAACAGUUGGAGCAACGGAUCUGUACUACCGCCAACAACUCGAGUUCGGAACCGCGCGAGACAGCUCCAAAGUUUGACGGGCAGGAGAUCU